UCUGUGCUCCCACCUCUUUUUAACAAUGCACCUGGAAGGAGGAGGAGGGUAGGAGGUGUGGAGGCACACCUGGUUUCCAUGAGAUGUCUAUCUCACAGGAUUCAUCACAGGCGCAGAGCUCGUUCUGUCUCUCUCUCAGGCAGGAUCUCAGGUCCCUGCAGAAACACAAACACUAAGAUGAUGACCCCCUUAAUCCAGGGCAAGUUUAAAAUCUGCUUUAUCUUCUUGCUCCUCGUCACCUUCAUUGGCCUUGUGACUGUCAACUUCGUAAAUAGCAAUUUUAAACCUUCCAAACUGUUCCUCAACAAUGUUGCCCAAAAACUCAGCUUCAUUUACUUGCCAUUGAACCCCCAAAAAGUCAGCAAUGAAACGAUGAAGACUGAACCGCAGGUAUCUAAUACAACACAUGCUUUAGUGUCCAUGGUGAACAUGCUUAACCACAAUGAGAAGGAAAAAACAGAAGUGCCGACCAAUCAGGAUCCGACAUCAACCGUGGCACAACCAGACCAUGAAGCCUAUCCACGCAAUUACCAAUUUAUCAUAGACGAGCCGGAUAUAUGUAAGCAGCGCAAGCCGUUCUUGGUCCUCAUGGUCCCAGUGGCUCCUCAACAACUGGAGGCUCGCAACGCCAUCCGGAGCACGUGGGGCAACGAGAGUGUUGUUCAAGGGAAAAACGUCAUUGUGUUGUUCAUGCUGGGAUUAAACGGAGAAGAGGACGAGGCGAAACAGCUUGAGCGUUUGAUUCCGGAAAGCCGGCAACAUCAUGACCUGAUUCAAAGUAACUUUCUUGACACGUACAAGAACCUGACCACUAAGACCAUGGUGAUCCUGGACUGGCUGGCCACACGCUGUCCUCAAGCCUCCUACGCCAUGAAGAUCGACUCGGACAUGUUCUUGAAUGUGGAGAAUCUCAUGAGCUUGCUGCUUAUGGAAAACACCCCAAAGGAAAACUACAUAACUGGGAUGGUUAUGUGGAACCGGCCCGUAGUGCGAAACAAAUUUUCCAAGUGGUAUGUUCCGGAGGAAGUCUACCCGGAAAACGUCUACCCUACAUACUUGCUAGGGAUGGGUUACGUGUUCUCCAACGAUCUUCCCGAGAAGCUGGUCAAGGUCUCGAAACACAUACGUCCGUUUUACAUCGAGGACGCGUAUGUGGGAGCGUGUUUGAAGAAACUGGGAUUCGCUCCUUCGAACCCUCCCGACCCAUCUAAGUUCAAGGCGUAUUUUAAUGGCGCAUAUGACCGCAAUGAGUUUGCAAGGGUCAUCACAACUAUCCUCGGCUCUCCGCAGCAGCUAAUAAAUUUCUGGCAGGACUUAAAGAGGCCGACAUGAUCGUCACAUCUUUAAUUGACCUGUUUUUUUUUUUAGAGUUUUAUAAAAAAAUAAUCUUUUGCACCAAGACAAAACUCAUCAUAUAAGACUGCUAAAUUUAACAUGAAGUUUAGGUUCAUAUGGAUUUCCUCCAGGACUUACCUCCAACUGCCCCAAAAACUCAUGGCAUGUUGGCAACUUCAGAUUGCCCUAUGUGUAAAUGAUGGGUGUACACCAUGGACUGUAAAGUAUUUCCUCCUCUUCACACCCAGUGUUCGAGUGGGAUUGGAUCCGCCAUGAGCACCACAAGCAUGUCCAGUUACAGAAGGGCGAUUUUCGACUACAGAAUAAAGGCUCACUUUAUCAAAAAGCUGUGAAGGGCCCUCAAGAUCAAGUUCAAAUUUUAUUUGUCAGAUACACAUACAUACAGAGUACGACAUGCAGUGAAAUGCUUUACACAACUGUCCAUUAUUUAAGCAUGAAAAAAGGAAUAGAAUAUAAGGAUAAAAAAAGAAAGUAGAAUUUACAAUUUAUUUAUUAUUUGAUAGAACUCUGUGAAUAAGAACAUUUAUAUUUUCUGGAUGAUUAAAUAUAUUGAGGACAAGAAUGUGGAGACAUGUUUACAUUAAUGACUGUUCGUCCUCAUGAACAAUUUUGUCUAUUUAUUAAUAAUAUAUAUAUAUAUAUAUAUAUAUAUAUAUAUAUAUAUAUAUAUAUAUAUAUAUAUAUAUAUAUAUGUGCUAUGGUAACAGUCUCUGGAACCACAUAUGACUGGAAAAGUCAGGUGCCUCAAUACUUUUGUCUAUAUAGUGUAUAUUUGAAGGAAAAUUAUGAUCUUUUUGGGUGAGAUAGACUUCAAAUUUAAUUUCUAUUGCAUAUUGCCUUUGUAGCUCCGCCUUUAUUUCUCUGUUUGCUAAAAAAACAAACUAAAAAAACAACUAAAGAUUAAAGAGGGUUGUUUACCGUUUUUUUUUUCCCACACAAAAAAUGAAGAAGGCUGUCAAUCAUCUGCAAAAUCAACUCUGUUUCCAAACAUGCAAUUUAUAAAAAAAAAAAAAAAAAAAAAAAACGAUUUAUUUUGCUUUUUCUGAACUGUCCAUUUUUUUACCUUAUGUGCUUCCAGAUACACCUAUUUAUUAAACAAUUUUUUUUUAAUCUGGGUGCACUUUAACGAAGAAUAAAUUGUUAGAAAUAAAUGUGUGUGCAAAGUG